AUGACUACAGUGGCGGCGGCCCCUACCAACACCAGCACCAUGGCCGACUCCUCAAACAACAUCAAUGAUAACAACAAAGGAGGUUCAUCCGAUGAUGCCAAAGUACAAACACCAGUGGUAUCUACAUCUGCAGCUUGCUCUCUGUUUGAUGGCAACUUCUCUGGCACUUGGAAGGCCUUUGGAGAUAUAUUAAAUACAUUGGCCAAUGAGCGAGAGUCAAGUAUAAGGCGAGCGAACACUAUAACAAAGUCCAACAAUAUAAUGGCCAACAACGAUAACAACAACAAAGACAAGAGCAUAGAUGUAGUAAUAGAAGACUCUGCUGCUACUGCUGCUGUGGUCGAUAGCGAAGCGAACAAUAACAACAACAACAAUAACAACAGUGAUACCAAGUCCGAAGUCAGUGAUGAAGAUACUACAAUCCCCGUGUUGAGCGAAAGCUACAUGGAUGUGUUUGGUAUACUUCCUUCCAAGGACCCUCUGGUGUUGGUCGUCUGCAACAGAUGCUCAAAGACCAUCAAGCAGUCACGAUUCGCUGCUCACUUUGAGAGUUGUAUAAACGAUCCUGAUGAGCCAAGGCUCAAGCGAAGCUCACUAUCUCAGGAGUUGAGACGAAGGAAUGGAAUCAAUAACAAUGUAAUGGAUAAGAAGAACGUUGCCAAUGUAAAUAAUCAGAGUUCAUCGUCGGCAUCAACGGCCGCAGCUCCAACAGUACCACUGUCGCGUGGUCGUCCCAAGAAGAAGGUUGACGCACCGCCCGUACAACCACCACUCGAAUCCAUCACAGCCAAGAAGGUUGCCGUCGCUCUAUCAUCAAGGAAACGCACCAAUGACACACUCAAUAAUAAGGUACAGAAUAGUACUGUUGCUGAGGAUGGGAUGGAUAUUGAUGGAAAGGCAGAGUCGGAGAAGAGCUCAUCGUCGGCUGGAAGCUCGACCACUGCAUUGCUGGAACAGGACAAGUCGCUGAGCGACUCAAACGACGAGGACAUGGUGGUGAGCGUCGAGCUGGACCAGAACGUCAUCUCGGCCACAGCCAUCCCAAUCACGCUGAUACCAAUCGCCACACGCUCCUACAUUCGUUGCAACAAGCUACGUCGCGUGAUCGUCAGUCUCGACCCUGGCUACAAGCUGACGAGUGCGGCGGCGCCCAUAUUCACCAACGAGGACGACUACUCGGCAAGCAGUGAUGAAGAGCCGGACCACUCCGCUCGGCCCAUCAUUGGCCCAUCAAACACUGCUGCAUCGGCAACGAUCAAUGGCAGCUACCACGUCUACCAGCGCCAACAGCAGUUGCAACAGCAGCAACAGCAACAACAGAACAUGGCCCAGUCUGCUAACAUGCCCACGCCAAUCACAAACAACAUGACGGUCACUUCCAACCAGCCAAUGGGCAACAUGGCCAAUGGCGGCGCCAUGACGGCGAUCAACCACGCAAUUCCAUUUGGAGGACCAAACAAUGGCGCCGUUGGACAGAUGAACCCAAUGAUGAACCCUGUUGGUCAGCAACAGUUGUCCUCGUCGACGGGUGGCACCAACAACAUGAUGGCCAACGUCCCGCCAACGUUUGUGGGAGGCGCAAUGACCAUGGCACCACUGCUACAACACGGUGGUGCUGGCCAGCAGCAGCAGCAGGCCAAUGUACAGACCACUGCCCAGAUGCCUGGACAACAACAGCAGGGCAUGAUGCCAUCGCCACAGCAGGCUCAUGGCGCCGUCACAUCACCAUUGAUGGCAUCGCAGUCGUCGGUGCCAACAAUGCCCGCUGCGCCAGCAACAAACAACGCAGCCACAACGACUGCAUCAAACGCCAAGUCGCCGCCAAAGAAGAAGAAGACAUCCAGCCGAUCAAAGAAGACUGUGGACAAGUCGGCCAACUCGACGCCCAACCAAACACAUGCCUCGACACCUCUGACGACCGAGGGGUCGACGCCCCUCAACGAAGGCAUGUCCUCACCAGCCUCUUCUCUAUCGGCCUCGUCCGACUUUGUCUCUGCCGAGUCCAGCAGCACCAGCAGCAAAAAGAAGCGAUCGUCCUCAAAGAAGGAGAAGGCAUCUUCGUCAAAGGACUCCAAGUCAUCGAAGAAGUCCUCGUCCAAGGAUUCAAAGGAUUCAAAGGACUCCAAAGACUCCAAAGACAGCAAGGACUCUAAGGACUCAAAAGACUCCAAGAAGAAAUCUUCUUCGUCAUCAUCAUCAGCAGCGGCCACAGCGACUGCAGCAGCAGCGACAACAGCAAGCUCGUCAUCGACAGCGACGGCUCCAGCCACACCGACACAACACCCAACACCAACAACUCCGGCAAUGGUCCAACAGCCAACGGCCACUCACCCUUCAAUGGUCCCACUGCAACCCCAACAACAAGCACAACCAAUGCCAAUGCAACCACAACAGAUGCACCAACAACAUCAACAGUUGACAAUGGGCCAGCAUAACAUGCUGCCUCAGCAACCUUUGCAACAACAACAACAACCUCCACUACCUCAACAACAACAACACCAAAUUCAACAACAACACCUACCUCUACAACAACAACAGACUAUGCAACAGCCAAUGCAGCAGCAGCAGUAUACGCUGCAGCAACAGCAACAACUGGCGCAACAACAACAAUUCCAACAACAACAACAAACGUCUCAACAAGCUGUUGGCUUCCAACAGCCUGCCUCCUACCCGAUCCAAUACCAACCGGUGGUGCAACAACAGCAGCAACAAACACCCAAUGUACAGAUUCAUCAACUCCAACAGCCCACCCAGCAGUAUAUCCCACAGCAACAAGGGCAGUUCCAACAGCAGCCACAGUACCAGCAGAACAUCCCGCAACAAAUGUAUUCACAAGUGCAAGUGCCAAUCAAUCCACAGCAGUUCCAGCAGCAGCAACCCGUACAGCAGGCACAGCACAAGCAGCCUGCUGUUGUGCAGCAGCAAUACCAGCAUGUACAGACGCAACAACAGCCCUUGCAACAGCAGCAGAUAGGAGUGCAGCAACAGCAGGCGCAGCAAUUCAAACAGCCAAUGCCACAGUAUAUCUAUGCUCAACAACAACCGCAACAAGUUGUUGUCGCCGGUGUUGGCCAGCAGCAGGCGCAGCCACAGCAGAUCAACUACGGAAUGUCAAUGCCAGGCCAGCCCAUCCAGACCUACCAAAAUACACCUGUACAAUACCAACAACAAACAACCGCACAACAACAACAACAGUUUGCCCAGCAACAGCAGGUGCAAGGACAGGCCAUGCGAGCGCCAAACACUGGCAUGGUUCAAGUACCAUCGCCUCAGCAGCAGCAGCAAAUGCAGCAUCAGUUCCAGCAGCGAUCAAUUGGCUCGCCCGCGGGCAUGGUCACGCAGCAGCCACUGCCACAACAAGCGCAACCACCAAGACCGAUUGGAUCACCGGCGGGCAUGGUCACUCAACAGCCACAUGCUCAGCAACAGCUGCCACAACAGGCAGCUGUCUAUGCCAACGCCAUGGCAAUGAAGCAGCAACAGCCACAACAGUUGCAGCCACAACAAGUGCAACAACAGGCUGCAGGCAUGCCAAUUGCUCAGAACAUGUACAACACAUACAACAUGAUCCCAGGCAACAUGGUCACAAUGAUGUCGCCCAACGCCAAUCAAUCCGGUCUGCCUCCAACAACCCAUCAGUAA